AUGUUAACUCUAAAUAUAACUAACCAGACUGACGUGAAUUUGUCUGUAAUGAUUGACGCUGUGGAUCUGGAAAUGAAGUUUUCUGAAAGAAACAAAAUUCUGAUUAUCGUGCUUGUAUCGUUAUUCAUAAUUCUCACUGUUUCUGGUAAUUUUCUUGUGAUGUUAGCAUUCAUUGCAGACAAGAGGCUCAGAACUCAGAGUAACUUAUUCCUACUGAAUCUGGCAAUUUGUGAUUUCUUCAUUGGAGCUUUUUGUGCCCCUUUGUAUUUACCAUACCUAUUAACUGGAAAGUGGAUGCUCGGAAAGAUUGUCUGCAAAUUCUGGCUAAUAAGCGGUUAUACAAUGUGUGUGGCUUCAGUGUUUAAUAUUUUCCUUAUCAGCUAUGACAGAUAUCUUUCUGUAACCAAAGCAGUUCUUUAUCAUUACCAACAAAACAGGCACAGUCAGACUGUCCUUAAAAUGUCUGCUGUCUGGAUUCUAUCAUUCCUACUCUAUGGACCAGCUAUUCUGUUUUGGGAUAAAAUCUUUGGAGGAAAAAAUGUUCCUGAUAGUAUAUGUGAGGCUGAUUUUUUUGAUGUUUGGUAUUUUAAUUUUGGAACAUCUAUUUUUGAUUUUAUGCUUCCUCUGAUAGGAAUUUCAUACUUCAAUAUGAGCAUCUACUGGAACAUAAAAGAACGCAACAAAAAGAAAAGACAGUCUUCAACUCAUCAUUCUUUAAAAGAAAAGCAGAAGCGCCCAUACACCAUAACAACAAACACUCCUCAAUCUGUGUCUCUUGCUCUUGCUGUGCACUUGCCUCCCGAUGGACAAACAGAUAUUGCGCCCCUUGGGCUGGUGCACCUUAUGGUUGCAUGA